AUGGCAAUUUGUUCCAUUAUAACUACACCAACUACUCGAGGGAGKCUUAUAACAAGUUAUAAUCUGUCAAGUUCUACUGACGGAGAAGUGUGGGAAGAGUAUACGAGUGUAAUUGAAGUCGAUCAGAGCGACUGGCAAACAUAUCUCCCAAAGCCUCUUGCAGCAAGAUAUUUGCGUAUUCAUCCGAUUAAAUGGACACACUGGCCAUGUUUCCAGUUGGCUGUCACUGCGCAGCAUGUCGAAAUUGUUAGACUACAUAUUGUAGCAGAAGGAUGGAGUGAUCCUGGGGUUUCAAAACGAAAGCCUUUAUGCUCUAUUAAGGUGAAYAACAUAGAACAAUGUCCAGGUCAUUUGGGUCAUAAUGUAGUCGUACUGGAUCCUUCUACUGGGAACGUACUAGACUCUUCACACUUURACACCGCAAAAAACGAUACUGCUGCUCAAGAACUAGCUACUUACUUAAAGAAUAUCAAGAGACGUAUGAUCAUCAUUAUUGCAGUAGCUGGCUCAGGAUACAGGAACAUCGAUGCAAAUGCUGGAUGGCAAUUGUAUUCCAUUGGUGCAUCGGACCCUUUGGUGUCGUGUGAAAAUUGCUCUUGGAUCCUCGUUGGAAGGCAAUGGGCAGGCAAGCCUUGGGUAACACAAAAAUACCGCUCAUUCAGCCAAGGUCCUUCACAUUUGACUUUAGACAUCCCUUUGGAAGAAAACAAUGAGGCUGCUCAUUUCUGGCACCUUGAUCAAAUUGUCAACAACAAGAUCAUCGAGGAGAAGUCUCAGUUACAUUUCAACAGACAUGGUGCUGGUAUAUAUGGCGAUACAUUUCUGAUGAGGACUAAUUCAUAUGGACUUACGGGUGACAUUGGUGAUAAUUCUUGUCUUGUAAACCCUGAUAAAUGUCCCGGAGGAUUGAGUAUAGCGUUCUGGAAUCACCCUUAUCCGAAGAGCAWUCUACCUCAGAGAAUGCCAAAUCAUCCAAUGUUCAAGGUGCAAGAAAAUGGCAAAGCAAAAUGUUAUCAUUCAUGGCUGACAAGAAACAACAACAAGUGCUGUAUUUUCCCUUUCACCUUUAAAAACAAAGUCUAUACCACGUGCACUGGUGACGAAUCCGAGCCGGGACUUUGGUGCUCAGUCUCACCGACAUUUGAACAAGAUGGUAAAAAGGGCUACUGCGCAGGAUGUAACCGUCCUCUAGUAAUGAACAAGCUCAUGCUGACUUCAUCAAGCAAGAUACCAUUACAUCAUGAGCAUUAUGCUAGGUUUUGGUGGAAUUCAUGUUGGAGUCCAUCUUCAUCAGAUGCAAGACCAUACCUGCAGAUCAAUUUGGCAGAAAUCUUGUAUAUCACCGCUAUUGCAACAAAGGGAGGCGUAGUUGAUGGCCAAAAUCACUGGGUGAGAAGCUACCGAUUAUGGUAUACUUUUCGAUUGGAAUGGAGACUCUAUUUUGAAAAUCAUCUCGAAAAGGAUUUUGUAGCUAAUAAUGGGACAGAGGUUCGACAUGUGCUCAAGGAAGUGAUCAAAGUACGAUCUGUUAGAAUAUAUCCCCAAGUCCAUACAGGAAAAAUUGCUUUGAAAGUUCAGAUGUACGGCUGCAACGAGGAUGAGCAUCCACUGGGAGACUUAGAUCUGAGAUYCCCGCCUCCUAAAGAUUGUGGCGCUCCAUUAGGACUUCAGGACGGACAAAUUACAAACUCUCAGUUGUAUGCCUCGACUUUCGAGAGCGGAUUUGGUGCACACAGAGGGCGAUUGCAUGCGUCGACGUUUUGGAGGGCGUCGGUUCAAGAUAAAAAUCAGUUUUUCAUGGUAGUAUUCGAAGACAGAGUAUACAUAACUGCAUUAGCUACCCAAGGCGGCAAGGAUAAUUCAGGCGCAGAAUAUCACGUGACGUCAUUCUACUUAACGAUGAGUAUUAACCGUCUUGAAUGGAUCGAAUACUUUGAAAAUGAACAACUCAAGAUAUUUCAAAGAAAUAAAGACGCAAACACUGCUGUGAAAAACUACCUGAGGCAUCCUGUUUUAUUGCGCUAUAUCAAAAUUCAUCCAAAAACAUGGAAAACAAACAUUGGUUUAAGAGCUGAAUUCUACGGCUGCUAUAAAGAUAAUCCAAAGUUCAGUAUUGUUGGUCCWGUAUAUCAUAAAUAUGAAGGGGGCAAAUUACCGCUCAAAAGACUUCAAUUCGUGACCGUUGCUUUCAAGAUUUGCUAUUCAACGUUGCCGUGUCCAACAUGUAAAAGACAAGUUUAUGUACGCAUGCGUGGGCAUAUGUCUGCUUGUGUCGCCACCAACAGCAGUGCCAACGACUGUGAAUUUGUUGAACUUAACGUGACAUUGUCCUAUAUCAUCUAUGACUUUAAGCAUCAUCGGUAUACAUUUCCUGUAGUGGUAUUUGAUGCCUUCGGACCCAAAUGUCAUCCCACACCAUUUGUACCAGUACCGAGUACUUCAUCUGUUGUUGGCUAUCUUACAACUGAAUAUGGACAAUAUGGCAGCUGUUUGAGUCAUUUAUAUAGCGGCUUUGUUGACAAUGGACAAUACAUAWUAUCAAGAGAUUCUGGACGGAGAAWGGUUUAUUGCGAUCAAACAACAAUGGGWGGUGGUUGGAUGGUGAUACAAAAACGAUUUGAUGGAUCAAUAAACUUUAAUMGGGACUGGGAYUCMUAUUUACAUGGAUUUGGUUCACUCGAUGGCGAGCACUGGUUAGGACUGCAGACCAUUAAGGAGUUUGAUAGUGAAACUACUUACAAGGAUGAGUUGAGRAUUGAUGUUGAAGACUUCAACGGGAAUGUUGGCUAUGCUUAUUAUCGCUAUUUCAAAAUUAACUUUCAAGACUACUCACUGAAGGUAUCUAAUUACACCGGCAGCAUUGGGAAUUCAUUGGCCCUUCAUAAUGCAGCGCCCUUUUCAACACGGGAUAAAGAUACUGCAUCGUCUUGUAGCAAAAGAAGUUCCAAUGGCUGGUGGAAUAAUGACAGCCUUGCUACAUGUCACACUGCAAAUCUAAAUGGCCGCUAUGACUCCAUGACAUGGAAAACAUGGAAUCAAGGCAAACCUCUGAAAGCAGUGAAAAUAAUGAUGAGGCCAGCUAAUGCUAUUAAAUGCAAUGACUGGGCGUGUUAUUAUAUUCGUGACAACCCUGAGAUUCGCUAUGCUCACGGACGAUGCAGCCCAUUUGGUGGACGCUUGUUAAGUAUAACCAGCGCAGAUGAAAUGUCCUUCAUCAAGACAAUCAUGGAAGAACAGUCUGUAGUUCCUGAAGCUGUUUGUCUUGGACUUAAAUUUGACUCUAAAAAUAAGGUGUUUUCUUGGAGGGAUGGCAGUGCCUUGGCUUAUAAUCAGGCCACAAUCCAAAGUCUUAACACCAGUACAGGAUGCUUUGCAUUGAUAAGAAAGGCAAACGAUUAUGUAUGGGAUCAAUAUCCUUGCUCUAAGAAAAGGGCCAAGGUUGUAUGCAAACGAGGUAAAACAUGCCAUAACAAUGUGUGUUAUGGGGACUUUACAAAUAGAAUGCAAGAUUGCUCCACAAACGAAAAGUUAUGUCAAACUAAUAAUCUACGAAUGACGAGAAUCAUAGACAGGAAAACAGAUGAAUUUAUUACAAAACAUAUCAAAGACAACGCUCGUACAGGUCUCCAGAUCGACAGUGACGACAAUAAAUUUGUCUGGUCGGGUUUUAAAGAACUCAGUUAUACAAACUGGAAAGGGAGCGAACGAGCGCCAAUCCAAGGACAUUGUGUAUCUCAAACUAAGACUGGAUGGGUCAUGGAGGAAUCUACCAAGCUACGGCCAUCUCUCUGUGAACAUGAUGCAAAGAUCAUCUAUCACUGCAAAGACCUGUUCAAAUAUGGCGUAUCUGAGAGUGGUCUGUACGCCAUAUCUGGAUCAUCAGUUUAUUGUGACAUGGAAAAUGAUGGUGGAGGAUGGGAAGUUAUCAUGAGAAGAUCCAACGAUGGUGUAACUUUUGAACAAGAAAACUGGGCCAGUUACGAGGCAGGGUUUGGAUCAAGAACGUCGAAAACAUCUAGUUUUUGGCAUGGCAACAAAUUGAUAUAUGGUCUAACUUUUAAACGUCACAAAAGCUUAUUAAUCAACAUAGUACUUGCCAAUAACACCAAAUAUUACGCUUUUUAUGACAAUUUUGAUGUCCUUCACAGUGGUCACAGGUAUAUGUUGCAAGUGAGCGGUUACUCAGGUAUGUGA